UGACAUCUGUCACUGAGAUAAUUGCAUAGCGCCACCUUAGAUUUGCUUUUACAUUAAUGAACAAACAUAAUAAUAAAUGGCUUGUCCUAGUAGCCAAUCGUAUUAUGAAAAAAAUUGGCCCACUUUAAGGCCAAUUGUUUUGAAAGUGUUAACGCAAGAGCCGGUGAAAACUUCGGAAUGGCAAGAUCUAUUUUAUGGCGUACAUUUAAUAUGUUUGUGGGAUGAAAAGGGGGCUUUAAAGAUACACGAAUCUUUGCAAGAAGAUAUCGUUACAUUCAUCAAACAAGCUCAAGCCAGGGUGUUGGCACAGCGCGAGGAACAGGCACUGUUAAAAGCAUACAUUUCCGAGUGGCGAAAGUUUUUCACACAGAGUGGAUACCUUCCAUUGCCGUUUCGACAACUGGAGGCUUGUUUGGUAGGCCAGAGCUGCACUUUGAAUUACAAUUUUGGCUCGGCCGCUCAAAAGAAAACCGAUCAGGACGAAAGUCUAGUCAGAAAGCUGAUGUUAGAUUCGUGGAACCGUAGCAUAUUUAUCAAUAUCAAACAUCGACUGCAGGACUCGGCAAUGAAAUUGAUCCACGCCGAACGGAAUGGUGACGCGUUCGAUUCACAGCUGGUCAUUGGUGUACGUGAAAGUUAUGUAAAUUUGUGCUCAGAUGCUGGAGAUAAGUUAGAAAUCUAUCGCGAAAAUUUUGAAGCGUCCUACUUAGAGGCAACAACAUCGUUCUAUCGGCUAAAGGCCAGCGAACAACUCCAGGCAAAUGGUGUACAAUCGUUUAUGCAAUACGCAGAUGCAAAAUUGCGCGAAGAGGAAGCACGGGCCAAGAGAUACCUUGAACCGUCCAGUUUCAACGCCCUAGCAUCAUGUUGCGUUUCGGUUCUAAUCGGCGACACACUACCCAUACUACUAGCCGAAUGUGCUCCACUCAUAAAGGCCGACGAAACCGAACGAUUGCAGCUGAUGUUUCGACUGUUGGAUCGCGUGACCGAUGGCGUUGAGCCGAUGCUGAAUGAUCUGGAAAGUCACAUUGUGUCGGCCGGUUUGGCUGAUAUGAUAUCGGCAGCGGAAAUUAUAACACAAGACUCGGAAAAGUAUGUUGAACGGUUGUUGGAAUUGUUUCGACGGUUUAGUAAUUUGGUGAGGGAGGCAUUUAACGACGAUCCACGAUUCCUGACGGUCAGAGAUAAAGCAUUCAAAGCGGUGGUUAAUGAUGUUACCGUUUUCAAGCUGGAGCUACCUACCGCCACAUCAGCUAGAGGUAAUAAAGUAACAACGCCGGAGAGUAAAUGUCCCGAACUGUUAGCAAAUUACUGUGAUAUGCUUUUGAGGAGAACUGCUCUAAGCAAGAGAUUAACAAGUGAUGAAAUUGAAUCUAGAUUAAGGGAUGUGCUGCUGGUGUUAAAGUAUGUAAGCAAUAAGGAUGUGUUCAUGUUGUACCACAAGGCUCACUUAACUCGGAGAUUAAUUCUGGAUUCGAGUGCUGAUAGUGAAAAGGAGGAAGACAUUGUCGAAUGGCUGAGAGAAGUCGGUAUGCCUGCUGAUUAUGUGAACAAAUUGGCUAGAAUGUUCCAAGAUAUUAAGGUCAGUGAAGAUUUGAAUGCUCAGUUCCGAACGUCGACAACGCGUCACGAUGCCAUUAACAUAAAAAUACUGAACGCAGGGGCAUGGGCUCAAUGUUCCGAACGUGUAUCGGUCAGUUUGCCAUUGGAAUUGGAAGACUACAUACCCGAAGUGGAAGAAUUUUACAAGAAAACUCAUUCCGGCCGUAAGCUUCAAUGGUACCAUCAUAUGAGCAACGGAACGAUAACGUUUGCGAACAAUGUCGGCCGAUUCGAUUUGGAUGUGACUACGUUCCAGAUGGCUGUCCUAUUUGCAUGGAAUCAACGGCCGCACGAAAAGGUGUCCUAUGAAAAUCUACGAUUAGCAACAGAAUUACCAGAUCCUGAGCUUAGAAGAACGUUAUGGUCAUUGGUUGCGUUUCCCAAACUCAAAAGACAGCCGUUACUCAUGGAACCAGUGGGAUUGACACCAAAAGACUUUGCCGAAAACACUUUGUUUUGGAUAAAUCAGGAAUUUGCUAUUAUCAAAAAUGGAAAGAUCCAGCGACGCGGAAAGAUGAACUUAAUCGGUCGUCUUCAAUUAAGUACGGAAAGGUCGCAGCAAGAGGAUAACCAAUCAAUAGUCCAGCUACGAAUCCUUCGAACGCAAGAAGCAAUCAUAAAAAUUAUGAAAAUGAGAAAACGUUUGAACAACGGAGCAUUACAGGCUGAACUCAUAGACAUUCUUAGAAAUAUGUUCCUUCCGUCGAAGAAAAUGAUCAAAGAGCAGUUGGAAUGGCUCAUCGAACAUAAGUACAUAAAACGAGACGAUGACGACAUCAACACGUUCAUUUAUAUGGCUUAAAUGUGUUUUCCUUUCUUUGUUUUCUAAUGUUAAAAUGGAUUUGAUGAAGCCUCGUUGAGGAUGAAUUAUAAUGAAUACUCAGUUAUUAAGAUCGUUGAAUACACGAACACUAUUUUUGGCUGCCAAUAUCGUAAGCAA